AUGGGUGUCCACGCCCUAUUUAUCGACUUUUGCAAAGCAUUUGAUCUGGUGGACCACGGAUUGCUUUUAAGGAAGCUCGCCAAAAUGAACGUGUCGAAAAGCUUCUGGCUAUGGACAAGGAGCUUUCUAGAAGGGAGGAGUCAGCAAGUAAAAUUACGAGGUGCUCUGUCAUCUAUAAGGCCUUGCCUUACCGGAGUCCCCCAGGGAUCUGUUAUUUCACCAACAUUGUUUAAUGUUCAUGUGGAUGACCUCGAAGACUGCAUUCCCAGUUAUCUGGACAUCAACACGCACAAAUACGCAGAUGACUGCACUCAAGAUGAAGUGAUUCCAUAUGGUUCUACUAGCAACAUGCAAGAGGUGCUUGAUACAAUAAACGACUGGGCACUCAGAAACAAGAUGAAACUUAACGCGAAAAAGACGAAAGACAUGUGGAUCUGCUUUAAAGCCGCAAUUCCGGAACCACCAUCACUUAAGAUUGGCGAUAAUACGAUUGAAAGAGUAAACACGUUCAAGCUGUUAGGUCUUUGGAUUAAUGAUACCCUUAAAUGGAACAACCAUAUUGAAGAAAUUACAAAGAAAGCAAACAAACGCCUAUUUUACCUACGGGAAGGUCGUCGAGCAAAUCUACGAACCAUUACUACUCUAAAAUUUACUACUCUAAAAAAAACUACUCCUAAAAUUUUUCUCUGUACAUAUAACUCCUAG